GUGUGUCUGUGUGUGUGUGUGUGUGUGUGUCUGUCUGUGCGUGUGUGUAUGUGUGUGUGUGUGUGUCCAGUGUUAUAGAUCACAGGCUUGAGAAGAUGAGCGAUGUAGAAGAAGACGAGGACAGAUCCCAGUCUCCGGUCUACAGCUGUCCCUCUAUGGAGUGGGACCAGUAUGAAGAUGAUCCUCCAAACUUCAGUGAAGAACCUGGACCCUCAGACACAAAAGAGAAGAAGAACGGUCCUGGUUCUGUGGAGGAGCAGCCGUCCUGCUGUGCUUUGUGUCAUGGCGUCCUGAAGGAUCCUGUCUCUACCAGCUGUGGACACUGGUUCUGCAGAGAGUGCAUCCCCUCAUACUGGGACCAGUCUGCUCCCUCAGGAGACUCUUCCUGUCCCCAGUGUGGACAAGGAUCCAGAACAAGAGCUGGACUGCAGACAGCCGGUCAGACCAGCACUGUACCAGCAGAUCAUGGUCUGCAGGAGGUUUCAAUUGGACAUAUAAUCAGUCUGAAGACAACAUUUGAACAUGUGACUGAAGGACCUCUUAAGACAGGAAGUGAAACCCCCCUAAACAGGAUCUACACUGAGCUCUACAUCAAAGCGGGACAGAGUGAAGACGUUAACACCCAACAUGAGGUAGUGCAGCUUGAGACCGCUUCCAAGAUGGAGUCCUUCAACGACACUCCAAUCAAGUGCUGCGACAUCUUUAAAGCCUUACCCGACCAACAGAAACACAUCAGAGUCGUUCUGACGAACGGUGUCGCUGGUGUUGGAAAAACCUUCUUGGUGCAGAAGUUCUGUCUGGAUUGGGCCGAGGGUUUGGAAAACCAAGACAUCGGCCUGGUGAUCCCGCUGUCCUUCAGGGAGCUGAACUUGGUCAGAGAGGAGCAGUACAAUCUUCUGGAGCUCAUAUGUGUUUUCCACCCAGCGUUGCAGAAGCUCACAGCAGAUCAACUCGCUGGCUCUAAAGUUCUCUUCAUCUUUGACGGUCUGGAUGAAAGCAGACUUUCUCUGGAUUUCCUCAACAAUGAGGCCAUUUCUGAUGUCACAGAGAAGUCAUCCGUCAACGUGCUUUUAACAAACCUCAUCAAGGGGAAUCUUCUUCCCUCGGCUCUAGUCUGGAUAACUUCCCGACCUGUGGCGGCCAAUCAGAUUCCUCCUGCGUGUGUUGACCGGGUAACAGAAGUACAAGGCUUCACGGAUCCCCAGAAGGAGGAGUACUUCAGAAAGAGAGUCUGUGAUGAAGAGCUGUCCAGCAGAAUCAUCUCCCACAUAAAGACAUCCAGGAGCCUCCACAUCAUGUGUCUUCUCCCAGUCUUCUGCUGGAUCACUGCUACAGUCCUGGACCACAUGUUGACUACAGACCAGAGAGGAGAGCUGCCCAAGACCCUGACUGACAUGUACUCCCACUUCCUGCUGGUUCAGACAAAGACAAAGAAGCAGAAGUAUGAUGGACAUGAGAUGAGUUCAGAGGAGCUGUCGGAGGCCGACAGGGAAGUUCUUCUGAAGCUGGGGAGGCUGGCGUUUGAACAGCUGGAGAAAGGAAAUAUAAUGUUCUACCAAGAAGACCUGGAGCGAUGUGGUCUUGAUGUGACAGAGGCCUCGGUGUACUCAGGAAUUUGUACAAAGAUCUUCAAAAGAGAGAGCGUGAUCUUUCAGAAAACAGUCUAUUGCUUCAUCCAUCUGAGCGUUCAGGAGUUUCUGGCUGCAGUCUACCUGUUCCACUGUUACACUAACAAGAACACAGAGGUACUGGAUGACUUCCUGGGAGAAGACUGGGAUAAUGACCUAUCUAUGGAUGACCUCUACUAUGAGAGUAACAGUGAUGAUUAUGAUAAUGAUGACAAUGAUGAUCUAUCUCUGGAUGUUUUUCUGAGGGGAGCCAUGAAGAAAUCCCUCAAAACUAAGAAUGGCCACCUAGAUCUGUUUGUCCGCUUCCUCCAUGGCCUCUCUCUUGAGUCCAACCAGAGAUUGUUAGGAGGUCUUCUGGGUCGGACUGACAACAAUCCAGAAAUAAUCCAAAGAGCCAUCAACAAUCUGAAGAAGAUAAACAUGGACAAGAUUUCUCCAGACAGAAGCAUCAACAUCUUCCACUGUCUGACGGAGAUGAACGACAACUCAGUCCACCAGGAGAUCCAAGAGUUCCUGAAAUCAGGGAAAAGAUCAGAGAAGGAACUCUCUGAGAUCCACUGCUUAGCCCUGGCCUACAUGCUGCAGAUGUCAGAGGAGGUUCUGGAUGAGUUGGACCUGGAGAAGUACAACACAUCACUAGAGGGACGACGGAGACUGAUUACAGCUGUGAGGAACUGCAGAAAGGCACUACUUCCUGGCUGUUACCUCUCUGGUUCUCACUGUGAAGUUGUGGCCUCAGCGCUGAAGUCCAACCCCUCCCAUCUGAAAGAACUGGACCUAAGUUACAACAAGUACCUGAAAGAUUCAGGAGUGAAGCUUCUGUCUGAUGGACUGAAGAGUCCAAACUGCAGACUGGAGAAGCUGAGAUUAAGGUACUGCAGUUUGUCAGAGAUCAGCUGUGCUUCUCUGGCCUCAGCAUUGAAGUCCAACCCCUCCCAUCUGAGAGAGCUGGAUCUGAGUGACAACCAGCUGCAGGACUCAGGAGUGAAGCUGCUCUGUGAUUUUCUUAAGAGUCCACAUUGUAGACUGGAGACUCUGAGAUUAAAGGGCUGCAGUUUGUCAGAGAUCAGCUGUGCUUCUCUGGCCUCAGCUCUGAAGUCCAACCCCUCUCAUCUGAGAGAGCUGCAGCUGAGUAACAACAAGCUUCAGGAUUCAGGAGUGAAGCUGCUGUGUGAUUUUCUGAAGAGUCCACACUGUAGACUGGAGACUUUGAGAUUGUGGAACUGCAGUUUGUCGGCGAUCAACUGCUCUUCUUUAGCCUCAGCUCUGAGGGCCAAUCCUUCAGAUCUAAAGGAGCUGGACCUGAGUCACAACAACCUUCAGGAUUUAGGAGUGAAUCUGCUGUGUGAUUUUCUGAAAAGCCCACAAUGUAGACUUGAAACUCUGAGGUAA